AUGAUAGGGAUAAGGCCUAAAAUAAAUAAGAAGGAGACCCUACGUGUGUCGGCUCACGAAAGACUGGGCGAAGUGUUGAAAGCUAUGCGACAAAUACUGGAAAAGUACCCCAAAAUACAGUCAACCGAUCUGUUGAUGAGCGCCGGGAAUCUCAUACAUCAGGUGAAGAAUUUCAAUUACGAUGACAAGGGCUCCGACACCACACCAUUCGUCGAGGCCGUAGACCAGUUGGCACUGGCCUUCAGCACCAGGUCUGUACCCAUU